ACUAAACCCUAGCUGAAAGCAAGAUGCGCUGUUAUCCAUCAAAGCCAUUAUUCUUCCAACUGUAUUAGGGUUAAAGAAUAUUCAAUAGGAUCCUGCAGGAAUGGGUCAUCCAACCGAGAAGAGAGAUCUGUAUGAUGCUGAUCAUGGAAAGAAAGUAUUAAGCAUGGCACCUGGACUGGAGCGACUUAACAUCCUUCCCUUCAAGCUGCUGCUUAUGAUAAAACUCAAGGCAAAAUGGCAUUUUUUUUAUCCCUCGAGGCCUCAGGACUUCCUUUUCAUAUCUGGCACGAAGAGGCAAACACUUACAAGGAACAAAGAGAACCCUCCCGAAUGAUUCAUGCGCCCUAGUGGCUGGAAGGUGCUAAUCGACUACUAUGACAGUAUGGCUUCUGCGGACAACGGUAAAGUCCCAGAAGCAGUUCCAGCCUAAGCCUAAGCCUAAUCUUGUCUCUUAUGUGUGAUCAAGAUUACCUGAUUAGUCUCCUUUGUGAGAUCAAGAUUUCCUAAGAAUCUCUCACCUGUUUCGAAUAAAACCGUGUGAGGCACUGGUGCAGAGAAACGAUACUCGCCUCAACUGUAAUUAGCGCCGUGUAAUUGCAUCUUGCAUCACUGCAUUUGUGCACUCCCACGGCGCAUUGUAUCAUAUGUGGUUUUCUUCUACGGAACAUAAUUGUGCUAUGCCUUUGUUUUGUUAAAAUAUUCCUCUAUGGUAUAUGCACUAGUUAUGGUUUAAGAUGCUGGAUCCAAAAGAAA